UAUGCUUUUAGCGCGCUAAUUCUAUGGCUUUUGAAACGAAACGGGUUUCACAUUUUGAUCCGCUCUUUUCCUAUGAAUUCCAAUUGGCAGUGAACUGAAGUAUAAAAGCACCAUGGAUGAGAAACUGAUUGCAUUGGCUGACGAAAGAAAGGCAGACGAACUGAGCAAGGUUUUAAAAGAUGUUGACAAAAAUCAGGUCGACAAGUUGUUAGAAGACCGUAUUGUGAAAGAAACCAGUCAACCCAUAGCGCUAAUAAAGGCUCUCUUAUAUGGAUAUUCUUUGAAAGAAGAGGACAGAGCUGGAAAAUGGUUGGACAUCUAUUUGUGCUGUAUUAAUUGUCUUCAGAAAAAAGACCAACAUUCAAAGGUUUCUGAAAAUGUCAUAGAUUUCCUUAUUUGGCAGGUGGAAAACUUAACUGAUACCAACUUAGUUUCUCUUCUCAAGUAUUUUGUUGAAAUCAUUAAAACUGGAAAUCUACAAAAUAGCAAGAUUCUUGAAUUGUUCCCAAAACUGCUGUCAGUCAUUGCAACAAGAGAAAAGGUUCCUAUUGAUGACAUCAACUGGUUGAAAGGUUCAGAUUUCAAAAGUCAAAUCCUCAACAAAAUUUGUUCCAACAGAUGGAAUACCAAAUUUGUGAUUCAACUUGUUGACAUGCUCAAAGAUGUUCAGAUGUCCAGUGACGAGUUAGAAUUUGUCAUUGACAAGACACUUCGCAUCUUUCCAGAGUUAGAUCUCUAUGAUCUACCUGCACUGGUCUUGAAUUUGCUACUUUUAUCAAUAAAAGGCCACCAGCGGAAAGUUCUGGAAGGUAUUAUGGAUUUCUUUAUUGAAAGAGAUAAUGUGCUUCGAGAACAGGACAAAAACAUAGACAGCAUGGAUCUAAGUGAGGAACUGAUUAACAAGAGCACAUUACGCAAUAUAGAAGGGACAGUCAUUUUCCAUUCCGUGUAUGCACUGAAACAGGAUAAUAAUCUGAUGAAAGAAUUCGUUAAAUUUCUUAAGAUGGAACUGCAAACAAUAACAAUGAAGUCUUUGACUCCUUUUGUGCUGGCUAUGUCUUUGACCAUUGGUCAAGUAUUUCGCUUUAAAGAUCAAAUCUUUACUUUGCUAAAGAGCAUUAUCCUGAAGAGCUUCAGCGAUGCUGAACAACAGCAGCGAUGUACAUGGCUACACGAGAAUAUUGUUAUUGUUCCUAAGCUUGAUAGAUUUGUCCUGGAAGUCAUAGAAAACAGCACUUCUGGAUGGGACAACGUUGUGCCUGGCUUAGUACAACUUGGGUUUAUUUUGAUGGAUUCUUUUGGACCUAAAAGUUCCUUUGGGCGUGUUGAAGGUAUAGCUUUAAAUCAACCUGUCUUACACCAAAAAGCCUGCAAUUUAGGCCUUCAAAUACUCCUACAAACAUUCAAGGUACAGUAUAAUGCUGUCAGGGAAAAUAUUCUGGAUAUGAUAUUUACCAGGAUUGGCUCAUCAGAAUCGAAACCCAUUACUCAUAUUCUAGAUCUUUUUUCUCGAGUGGUGAAGACCAGUCCCCAACUUCUGUUAAAUUCUGACAAGAAACUGACAACUAUAUUUGAUCAUUUACCAACUUUGCCACCGAAAACAGCUGCCAGUUUGUUAGACAUCCUGCAACCUAUCUUGAAAUUUAGUAGAACUUUACGGGAUACACUCAUGUUGCUGUUACGUAAAUCUAUGUUCUCCAAACAUCUAAAUGCAAGGAAAGUGAGUGCCAGAGGGUUCUUAAUGAUUUUGAAGCAGUUCCGUAUUGUUGGCAGUGUUCCUUGUAGCCAGAUGAAUCAGACAUUUUCUUUGAGUCAACUUUCAGUUGAUGUACAUUCGCAGACAAAAUAUAAUCCUGUUGCUAACAGUACUUUGUGUUUGGAAAUUGUCCGAAAUUUGCGGAGAUGUCUUAGUCAACAGGCUGAAGUACGAGUCAUAAUAUAUUCAGGUUUGUGCGAUUGCCUUUCCAAAAAUUCCAAACUACAGAAACCCAUCUUGAAUCUCCUACUUCACCAGAUCAAGAAGUACUUUGAAGCAGUUGAAUAUGUUAUCCCACCUCUGCGUUUAGAGGCUUGUCUGCUCACCCAUGGAUCACAGAUCUAUCUUGGAGAACCACUGGCUCAUCUCUUGCGUUGUGUUAGCCAGUGUGUAUUGAAGAGUCAAACAUUAAAUGAAAAUGAAACCAAUAGCAAUGGUCAUGAUGAUGAUGAGAAAGAGGAGGAGGAAGAAGAGGCAGAUGGUGGUGAUGAUGAUGAAGAAUCUAACUGUUUGAAAAAAUUGGAGAAGAUUCUUGCAUCUCUGACACAACGCAUGGUAAAAUGUGAACUGGAGGAGUUUGAACUGGAUAAAGCUUCUGACUAUUCUACCAAAACUAAUGUUGGUGUCAAGAACACCAUUCUGGCAUCUUUGAUCCUUGGUUUAUAUGAAUCUUUGAUGGAAUAUAAUUUUUUCUCUGGCAAAUGCAGUGAAAGUAGCUUUGAGAAUGUUAUGGAUUUGUUUGCAAAAUAUGUGAAGCUGACUGGUAUUUUAAAGACCAAAAUGAAAGGACAAAAUACCAAAAUUAACCCCAGUUUAUUGUCUUUGCAUUUCAUAGUCGAGAUAUUACACAGUUUCUAUGAGGAUUCCAGUUCAGAUUCUUCGCUAUCAUUGAAAAGUUUGAAAGAAAAUAAAGAUUUUGUGCAACAUAUACUUAGUGUUGGCUUGCAGAAAAUUCAUUUAUUAAGAGACCAUGGUUUCCGUGAUGACAAAGAACAGCUGGAUAAAGACAAAUUAAUUUUACUUUCAUGCCGUCUUGGAAGACUCUGUCUGAAACAUUACCAAAGAGUUGGUCCCACCAGUGAUAAAAAGAACAAAAAGACCGAAUCUACUCUCUGCUUAGAGAUUUUAAGUGCUGUUGUACAGCUUCUGUUUGACUCUACAUCCCCAGACACUCAUAAAGUGUGGUUUACUCAGUUGUUAAAAGUCAAUGAGGCCACAGAUACCUCAAAUUCCCAAAUGUCUGACAAGCAAAGCAUUUUAGAAAAACAUACAAAACUCAUUCAGAGACUGGCUGUGAAUAUUCUUUCUUCUGACAAAGAAACUAAGACCAUUGUUGAACUAAACAGUUUGCUAGAAAUUCUUGGCGUUUUAUGUGAACACCUAAAUCCAGGUCAGGUUUAUGAAGAGAUAUUACACUGGAUUGAUGAAGUUGCCAGAUCAGAUGCUAUUGAUGCAGAUAUGAACGUAAUUUCUAAAGUCCUUGGUCUGUUAUUGAAAAUGUCAAAGGAUGUACGGAACCCUGUUGGAAUGUUAAAGAAAAUAUCAAGAGACCUCCAUAGUAAGCUUGGAGACAUUGACAAGGAAUAUGAAGUUGAGGAACACAGCUACUAUGGUGCCAUUACUAGCCAAAGUUCUAAUUCCGUGUUAAGCCUAGUUUUGGCUUAUGUCUCAAGUGGUCUUGAUGAAAUAAACUGGAUUCUCCAGAAGAUGAAAAUGGAGUUGUAUGGUAGCAAGGACACAGUUACAGAUUCUAGCAGCCAAUUGCCCAGUCAACAUGAAGACGUCUUGUCAGUGGUCUGUACACGACUGGCAUCUCUUGUGGCUGCAUUUCAUGAAUUAGUUCAAACAUCCAUACCAAACUGGUCCAGUUGUGAACAGUUUAUCAAGCAAUUAACGAACCUCUACUCUACAUUUUGCCAAUACAUUAAAUAUUAUUUGCAGGUAUACAACUUGAAAGUUGGCCAUUUAACCCAAAUGGCUGAGAAACUAGUAAAACUUAUCGGAACUCAAUUAACUCCUCAAGUCUAUGUAUUUAUCACUUACAUUCAGCGAGAAGUCAAAGGGACACGAAAAGGAAACGGCAAAGAGAAGAAAGCUACAUCAAGUUCUUCAAGACCACUGGACUCUUCCAUUGUGAAGCAGGGUAAAGUUAUGCCAAAACUUAUUUUUGCCAUUGAAAACUAUGAAAAAUUCUUGGUCCAACUUGCAAAGAAAUCCAAAGUUAAUCUCAUGGAACACGUGAAGCCAAGUGUAGCCAGGGAUUUCCGCAUCAAUGGAGCUGUAGUGCGUGCAGUUCUGCAAGAAAUGAGUAACAGCGAAGAUGACAGUGAAGAUGAUGAGAACAAAGGAAGCACAGCCAAUAAGCAGGUCGAAAAUGUUGGAUCUUCAAAAAGUGAUGAACCUCCAUCAAAGAAAGCACGUAGUUGAAAUACCUGUUUGGCUGUUUGGGUUUAAUUUUUUAAAUAAUAAAUUUAGAUUAUUUUCAAA